UCUUCGAAGUUAAAAAUUUAUUGUUCGUAGACAAUUGAAAGCGGGUGUUCGCCUCUCGCUGCGUGUUGCCUAAUUAAUAUUCGAACAAUAUGCGCUAGAGGUAAGAGGAUCGACCAAACGAUUUAGUCGGUGUGCGCUCUGGACGUGAUAUAAAGAAUAACCACCCGGCAACUGAAGAAUUCCGAACAUUUACAGACCAUUUGAUCGACACAGGGCUGACGACAAAAGCCGGUCUGGUGUGUAGUGCGAGGAAACCUCAGAUUUGGAUCAACAUUUACCUGUUAGCGCUCAGUGCAGUGUAUUAAUCGCCCACCAAAAUGUGGGGAAAGUGUUGCAUAUAAUGCAGCCGAGUGCAUAGACUCAAGGAUUAUGCUAUGAACUGUCAGGUGUAAGGUGGGGAUAGGAAUCAUUCAGAAAGUUACCAGCAUGGGAGCCGUGUCGUGGCUCUCUAUUGGCAUACUUUGUAUAUGUUUUGUUGUGACUUGUGUGAGGGGAAUUUACAUCCGUGCCCCUAAGGACAAGGAAUCUUUUGCCCAGUACCCAAAGUGGAAUGCUUGUAUUAACGCUUCUUUGAGUUUUGAGUUCAAAACAACACAGGCGACGGGGCUGUUAAUGUACACAGAUGAUGGGGGUUCGUAUGAUUUUUUUGAACUUUCCCUUCAGAGGGGUAUAGCCCAGCUGAGGAUAAAUAUAGUAGAUGGACACGAUGGAAGUGUGGAAUUUCAGGUCGGCCAAAACCUUAAUGAUAACAAGUGGCAUCGGGUAACAAUUCAAAGAAACCGGAUGGAAACCACUUUUUCUGUGGACCAGGAAUCUUCAAAGAAUGUGUCAUAUGGAUCGGAUUUUUACUUUGGAAACUUAGCUAACAACAGUGACGUUUAUUUUGGGGGAAUGCCUGAAUCCUACAUGAAACAUUUGGAAACUUUGGCCUUGCCGUCGGUAAUGUUUGAUCCCCAUUUAGCUGUGGAGAUACGAAAUGUUAUAUAUGGAAAUUGUUCAUGUGUGCCCGUCCGUGGAAGCCUAAUCAGAGGCGUGUCUUUGGACGGGAGGUUCACUGAGGCGUGUGAGCAGAGAAACCACUGUGGGGACUGCCUGUGUAUCAGUGUGGAUGCUGGUCCAAAAUGUCAGUGCGAUGAGACCCAGAAAUGUGGCCAAGAUACCUCUGUCGUUUUUUACCAUCUGCCAAUGAACACGCUGAUUGGAAGGACCUCGGUUAAUCCAUCGGGACUUGACGCCAACAUCGAUGGUUCCAAUGGACUUCCGAAGACCGUCAAAGGGGCCAUGGGGAAUGCAAUCCGGAUCCGUGGGAGACGAGAGUGGCUCCAAGUCAGCGGGCCAGGACAUAGACACGAAUGUUUUGGAGAUUUAGAAAAAUGUCACAAAGGUUACACUCUGGGGCUAUGGGUAAAAUUUAAUAACAUCGGUGAUACCAAAGGCAUCUAUCUUUCUAAUGGUGGCCACAGUUCAAAUUCUCAUGGCAUUGCAAUGACCUACAAACUUGGAGAGCUGGGGUUCAUGUUCCGAACCAAGUCUGGACUGUACUGGAACGUUAAAUAUGACAACUUACUGGAGGACAAAUGGUACCACGUGACAGUCACAUGGACAAAUGCAAUGGGAGUUAAGCUUUACAUCAACGGGGACCUUGUCAGCGAGACAAAGACUCCAGAACAGAGGCUAGCAAUAGCUAGAAAGCCCCGUUUUAACGAGUUCCUGAUUGGCCGGAGUAACGAUAGGACCGGGCUGGAUUCCCUGGGGACAAUCACUGUAGAUGAGUUAAAGUUCUGGUCCGAGUACAAGGACGAGUUUCAAGUUCCGGAAAUUGGUCCUAUGUACAGAUAUUAUUUGGACAUGGAUGAAAUCACGGGAAGGGAACUCGUUGCCAAAAAUAUAUUUUCUGAAGUUUUGGGCAAUGUGCAAACUGUGGAAGGCAAAAUAGGAAAAGCCCUGAAAUUCAAUAAGGACGGAGGAAAUGUAGAUCUGGGUGACUUCAGCGCCUCAUGUCUUGGUAACCCGGAUCUUUGCCUCCAUGGAUUCCUAAUCUCGUAUUGGGUCAAGUUGGAUGAGUUGCGAAAUCAUUCAUACUAUUUCUCCAGUCACGGAAUUAACAUCUACUCAGUUGGUAAAAAUCUCUAUGCCACUGUACAGGCCGGUAAUAGGAAAUGGGAAGCUCGGACGUACGGCUUAGAAAUGGGUAUCUGGCAGUAUGUAGAAGUGACAUGGAGUGAGUCUAAAGGUUUAUCUAUCUACAUUGACUUACGUCUAGCUGUUAAACAGACAGGACAUUCCAUAGAGUCACCAAGUAAAAGUACUGAUUCUACAUUUUACAUUGGUCGUGCUAAUUAUGCUAACCAGCAAGAAUACCCCUAUGCUUUAAUUGAUGAUGUUGAGAUGCUUUAUGGAGAGAGGGAUAUCUUGCUGUACUUGGAUCUAAUUCAGAGAGAUAAACCAACGAAAAAUUACUUCAGCUUUGACAGUGCGAUAGGAGAUCGAAUUUAUCAUCCAUCCAUGCUGAUCGAAACAUACGGAUCACCGAAACUUGUAGCAGGUAAAAUUGGACAGGGUAUCAAACUUAAUGGAAAUCGCCAGGUUGUCGACUUUGGAGAGCAUCAGACAAGCUGCUUGGGUAAUCUGGACAACUGUCAUCAUGGAGUCCUUAUGGCCAUGUGGAUUAAUCCCACAACAUUCCGGGACAACAUGUACUUCGCGUCCACGGGAAAGAACGGCAUUACCAUCAGCAACACUGGAAAUCGUGUUGAAGUGACUGCAGCGACCUCUACCCGCGAAUGGAACGUGUCCACUGAGGUUUUGUCAUACGACAACUGGUAUUUCUUUGAAGUAUCGUGGGAUCCGGAGAAAGGACUAGAACUUUAUAUUAAUGAUAUCCUGGUAUCCAGCAACGACAAUCCAAAGAAACGGACCGUUACGCUGGCAACUGGAAUUUACGCCAGCUCCCAGGAGAAUAAGUUUUAUCUUGGAAGAGGAAAUACAAGGAUGACAUCCAGCAGUUUUGGUAACGCUAUGUAUGAUGAGUUGGAGUACUGGUAUGGUCCAAGGGAUUAUCUCAUAGCCUUUGGUUUUAUACAAAGAGGCAAACCCAAGGGAUACUUAAUUGACAUGGAGGCUAAACGAGGGGAUGAUCUUGUUCAUCAAGAUCUUCCCCUCCGUUUGUAUGGGGAUCCUCAGCUGGUACAAGGUGUGAUCGGUUAUGCUCUACACCUAGACGGCAACAACCAAUACUUAGACGUAGGAUCUCACCAAGACGAAUGUCUGGGAAACCUUCAAAAGUGCUCUAAUGGAAUAACCGUGUCAGCGUGGAUGAACUUCAAAGAUUAUACAGAUAAUAUGUAUAUUUUGUCCACUGGUAAUAACGGGAUCCGCGUGUACCAGAAAGGAGGAGAGACGUUCGCCGUGGUUCAUCAGAAUGGGAAAGAAUGGGAAGUGGCGAUCCCAAAUCUGGAGAAACAAGUAUGGCACUACGUGGAGCUGUCAUGGCACCCCGACUUUGGAUUGAACAUGUACGUGAACAAUACGCUAGUGGCCCACUCAGCGUACACGAACGUUGUUCCAAAUGUUGGGAGAUCUGGGACACGCGUGUACGUGGGUCGCUCUAACGCAGACGACACGGGGGAGACAACUCGGACCGCCAUGAUGACGGUGGAUGAGAUGGAGGUUUGGUAUGGACGGAGGGAGGGACUGGUAGCCUUCGACUACAUCCUGCGGGACAACAUUCAACACGAGACUAUCUCCUUGGAAACGGUGUCUGGGGACUUGGUUAUCCAUCCCCGCCUUACUAUCACUUUAGUCAAUGGUGCCAGGCUGACCAACGGACGGAUAGGAAACGGAGUGUCUUUAGAGGGAUUCGGUCAGUAUCUAGACCUAGGAAAUAAUGGAGACAAGUGCAUGGGAAACCUGAAGAAAUGCAAAAAUGGAUUGACGAUCUCGCUUUGGAUAAAGGCACGUAAAUUACAAGAUGGCACUUACUUCUUGUCAAGUCCUUCCAAUACGCUUUCUUACGAGUAUGGACAACUAGUUGCAAGGUUCUUUAUGGAUGGAAAGAUGUGGGAAGUUUCCACUCCUAACGUGAAGGCUGACCGUUGGCAGCAGGUGGUGAUGUCUUGGUCUUCCACUAAUGGCGUGGAGCUAUAUUUGGAUGGCGUUAAGCAGAGCUCCACUUCUACAUGGAGUUCUUUGCAAGGUGAUGAUCCAAACGUCGGCAGGACGUAUGUCGGCCGUUCUAAGGACAAUAGCAGAAAGACUGUCGAUGCUUUAGUUGAUGAAAUACAGUACAUCUACGCUCAAAGGGAUCAAGCUAUAGCCUCUGGACAACUGCAAGGAUACAUAAAUCACCAGGCCUUGCCACUAGAUCGAGUACCACGAAUUGAAAAUGGUAAAUUCUUCAUCAAGCUACCCAUCAGGACAAUCUAUCUUUAUGGAAACCCUGCGCAAGUCCAAGGCCAACAUAGCCGAGCAAUAAGAAUAAACGGAAAAAGCCAGUAUCUUGAUUUUGGAGACGACUUAAUUUGCAAGGGUAAUUUGGCCAACUGUGAGUCCCGAGGCUUCACGGUACAGUUCUCUGUCAAGCCAGAACGCCUGAUAGAGAACAUGUACCUAGUGGACAGUUUCCCUCUGUCUGUGUACUACAGGGACGGCAAACUGUGGGCCACAGCAAGAACCCCCACCAUGUCAUGGACAACCUCAACUCCAGACUUCAUUGCAGGAGAGUGGCAGCUAGUGGAAAUAACCUGGCAACCUCAAAGAGGAAUAUCCUUGUUGGUUGAUGGACAAGAAAAGUCCCACCAAACGUUUGGAACUCCUCAGCAAGAAAUUCGGGAAUGGGAUCGAAAAACGUACUUCGGUCGCUCUCUAUCGGAUAUGGUUCGCGAGAGAUAUGCUGACGCCACCCUGGAAAGGCUAGACGUUUGGAAUGUGCAAAAGGAUUAUUUACAGGUGCAUGGACUGAUAGGUUCCAACAGCACCACCUCAGGUGGUUACACGGUGCCAGGAAGCCACAAUGUGUCAAGUGGCUCCAGCAUUUACGUGAACAAGGUCAACAUCAAUUCUACACAAGAGGAAGUGACAAUAAAACCGGGAGUAGAGGUGGUUCCGGAUGUUUUUACGAAAGUCAUCAACGACGACCGCCGGAUCGUGGGUAACCCAGGAAGCAGGGUGACCUUUAUAGAGCCUGGUGGGGACACCCACUUCAACAUUCCCGCCGUGGAUGACGAUGGAGUAGAUGUUAUUGUUCUAAAUGGAACCGUCCUCAGUCAAACACGAAGAAGAAGAACAACUCCUUUACCUCCCGUAACUACUACUCAAGCCCAGAGCAAUCUGUACGAUGUGGAGCAAGUUUUCCACCAAAGUCGCCGCUACUCCACACACACUAUCCGCUUUAUCGGUGGUGCCUACAUCCACUAUGACUUCGCCACUUUUGGUAUCAAUGCCCCCAAGAUGAUGGAACAGGUUUCCAAUGAGACAUUCUACUUCCAGUUCAUCACCAAGAAAGCCAACGGUCUCCUGUGGUUGGACAACAGACAGAACCAAAUCAUGUACCUUGCCAUGAAGAAUAUUGAGGACGGCAAAAAGUGUGAUGGCUACUUGGUCUUCCACAUUGAUGAUGGAACAGGACAACCUCAACAAGUCCAGCUUCGUGCAGAGAAUUUCCAGGAUCUCAACGACUGGCGAUGGCAUAAAAUCUCCAUUGAGAGAAUGGGACGACACAUGAGAUUCUUUAUAGACGAGAAAUAUGCCGGAGAACUCUUCACUAGGAACGAAAUUCAGCUGGUUGCCCCUGGUGACGUGUAUUUAGGAGGAAGCCCCGACACUGUUCAGCUAACAGACAGACAUGUUAGAGAAGGUUUUGAUGGGGCUCUCACAGAGGUUAUCUAUUCCAAAUAUGCCAGAAACAACCAUGUAACAAUUAUAAGCUUACUUGCCCAUAUCGAGACACAUGCAUCAAAACAUGGAAACAUAAUAAUCUACAAACCCAACGAAUUCGGCACCCGGCCUCCAGUUAGAGUAACAACACCAGUGCCCAGACCAAAAGAAAUUAUCCUCUUCCGGACUCUUUCAAUCCUCAAGUUUAACUUCCACAUCCGGGCCACCGGUUAUAUUGACAUGAGGAAUGGAGGAGAAAUGUCUUUCCGGUUCCGAACUCAUCAGAUGCAUGGUUUGAUCUUUGUUGCUGGAACUUCCGGUUCCUUCAUCAGCUGUGAGAUCGUCGAUGGUAUUCUGUACUUGGUUUAUAAUUUUGGUGCUGGUGCCAAGCGCGUCCGAAUCUCUUCAACAGCAGUUAAUGAUGGUCAGCCCCAUUCUGUGAGGAUCACCGUAAGUUAUGGCCGUCGUGUCACGGUCUAUGUUGAUGGUUCUCCGAACACGAUCAGUUUGUCUGCAUCAGAGACGUCCUUAUACUUCAGUGGCGGGAUCUGGAUCGGUGGACCCAGGGAAAACAGUGAGCUGUCCUGGUAUCAGAUUUCAAGGAAUGGAUUUGUAGGAUGUAUUUUGGAUUUCACUCUGAAAGACACCACAACAGACUUCCGUCCCAUUGUCAUCCAGAAUGUACCGGAACUCUCUCAGACCUGUAUAGUAGGAGCUAACGAGUGCGGGGUGCCCUCUAUCUGCGGGUUAGGGGAGUGUUCCUACCAUAAUGCCCUAUCUUACCACUGCUACUGCGCGGGAACAGGAAUGGCAGGCGACAAUUGUGAUAUUUGGCCGGUUACUGCCGCUUUUAACAGACAACAGUAUGUCAUCUAUCAGUAUGCCAGAUUCCUGGAAACUCACCUGAACGACUUCUCUUUGAGAUUUAGAACCAAACAAAGUAACGCCAUUUUGUUCCAAACAUACUCCUCACAAGGCCAUAACGAUUUCAUCCGAGCGGAACUUGAGAACGGACGAGUCAAAGUCACCAUUAGAAUCAAUGGCAAAGAUCAGGUAUAUUACACUGGGGUAUAUCUUAACGAUGGCAGAUGGCACACGUUUAACCUCCGUCGCCGUGCGGACCACUUGGAAUUGUGGGUAGAUUCCCAACAACAUCAGACAGAAAAGAUAUCUGGACAAGAUUUCUUCAUACAUUAUGAUAAAAUCUACUACGGGUCCCUCCGUGAAAUUUAUCCUACUCUGAGAAUCCCGUCGUUCCACGGGUACAUGCACAACGUUUAUGUUGACAGAGUUGACAUCUUUGAAAAACUGAAGCAACACAGUGGUGGUCAUUGGCCUAUUUUGAUAUUUACCCGUUCUGAAUGGGAGCGUCAUUUCCGUGAUAACUGGAAUACCCCACGACCCACCCCAAGACCCACAACCCCACGGCCGACUCCAAGGCCGACGACAACGGCCCCACAGCCAACCAAAAUCAAGCUAUUUAGUACGAUUUCACUCCUUGCUCACCAUAAACAUUAUCAUAUUCCUGGCUAUGUUGACUUCCGGAACGGAGGAGAAAUUCAUUUCCGAUUCCGGACAUCACUGCACACUGGACUUCUUUUAACAAUUCCAAGAUCUACAUCCCUAUCACAAUUUAUGAGUUUUGAGGUUUUUGAAGGAAAAUUGUAUUUUGUUUAUGAUUUUGGUGCUUUGACUAGACGAGUGUUGGUGUCCAAUGACUUUGUAAGCACUGGUCGUUGGCAAAGGGUCCAACUGUCUUUGUCUGCUAAUUACAUUCUGGUCUCUCUUAACAAUAAACCAACACGUAUAGAUCUUACUUCUUUCGAGCGUAAUAGCUUGUACUUUGCCGAUGGAAUUUGGAUAGGUGCACUGCCAGAAGAAAACCUUUCAUGGUAUACAUACGCAAGACAGGGGUAUGUUGGUUGUAUUGGAGACCUAACCCUUCAUCAACUGGAUUCGAACAUGCGCCUUCAGUCGUUCAUCGCAGGAAGUGGUAUUUCUAGCCAGUGCUCUGUACUCACUCGUCACUGUGACAACGCCAAUAUUUGCGGUACGGGAACCUGUCGUUAUACGGACCAAGGCGGAUUUGCCUGCAGUUGCCAGGGAACGGGUUUUGGUGGAGACCGAUGUGAUAGAUGGCCAGUAACCAGUAUCUUUGAAGACGGACACUAUAUUCUGUAUAACUACUUACUCCAACAAAAAACACACAAUAAUGAUUUUUCAGUUCGGUUCCGUACUUCACAGGAUAAUGCUAUUCUCUUCCAAACACACUCGUCUAGGGGACUUGACGAGUACAUCCGGGCAGUUCUAGAAAAUGGACGUGUCAAGGUUACUGUCAGAAUCGAUGGAGUGGACCAGGUAUAUUAUGUUGGAGAAAACUUGAAUGACAACCAUUGGCAUACCUUCAAUCUCCGCCGCAAUGCCAAUCUACUGAAAAUGUGGGUUGACGAUUUAGCUCAUCAAGAAGAAACGAUAAAGGGGGAGAACUUUUACAUUCAUUAUGAUGAUGUUUAUUAUGGUUCCUUGGGUAAUCUGUAUCCGGGUCUGAACAUUCCCUCCUUCUCCGGGUCCAUGCAGAAUGUAUACAUCGACCACACUGAUAUAUUUGACGAGCUGAAGCAGCAUUCCGGUGGACAUUGGCCAAUAUUUAUCAUAACUGAGCAAGAAUACAAUAAUUACCACUUUAGACCUGUCACAUUUGUUACUAGAGACGUGUACGCUGACUUAGCCCCCCUCCACGCAUCACGAAGGAUGCACUUAACCUUUAACUUUAAAACAGGCGAGGAAAAUGGAAUUCUUCUAUUUACAAGAGGGGGUGGAAAGCAGUUUAUAAGCGUGCAGUUAAUAGGUGGACAAUUAUAUGUCAAAUUCCACAAUGGCAUACGACAGAGUUCUCCACAUUUAGUUCCCACGCCUAAACUUAACGACAAUCAAUGGCAUCUCUUUACUCUGAGGGAACGCACCCGCGGCGAGCAACGUCAGUUUGAAGUUUCCAUUGACAAGUUGGCGCCCAUUGUUAUUAACCUUGGAACCAACCAGUUGGUGUUGACUGGCAGACUAUACAUUGGAGGGAUUUCCGCCAGCGAAUACCUGGAUUCGUUCGUCCGUGAAGUCCUGCAAUCCAGUGAAGGUUUCAUCGGAUGUUUGUCUUCUGUAGAGCUGAAUGGACAUACCCCAGAACUUCGCAAAUACGCCAGUAACAUUGACCAAAUCAUCACUGGUUGUAGAGCCAUUACACCAUGCCCGCUUGAUGCCUGUUUACACGGCGGAAUCUGUAUUCCAGGAAUCGUUGAUUUCACGUGUAAUUGUCAGACGACUGCAUACUGGGGCCAUAACUGUGGCGAAUAUCCAAAUGGUACUAUUUUUGGAUCCCCUGACAACCAACAUGGCGGCCUUAUUUUGUAUACAUUUGACGAUCUUCAAGUCUCCAGUUCAGACGAAAUUGUCUUUGGUUUCAUGACGUUUUACGAGGACGGGUUGCUAUACAGAGCUGAGAGCAGGCUAGGAAAUGAAUACAUUGAAAUUAAAUUGGAAAGUGGUUUUAUUGUCGCCGAGUAUGACACCGGAAGUGGAAAACAAUCUCUUAGAAUCGAUUCUAAGACCUACAAUGACGGCAAAUAUCACGUUGUCAAGUUCCUACGCACCGGAGAGCGCGCGGACUUGAUAGUAGACAGUCUUAGUGCCUUUAAUAUACAUCAAUCUUCCCAUUCCGCUUUUGAUGAGAUGCACAAAGUGUUCAUUGGUGGAUACACGGACUCUGGUCAUUCGACCAUUCUCAGUGGUUUCAACGGAAUUAUUGGAGGCGCCUACUGGAAUAAGUAUCGCUUCUUGGACCUUGCUCACCAUAACGAUGCCAGGAUUAACAUUGUUGGAGAUUAUGCAGUUCUCAUUGAUAGAAACGGAUACAAUCUGCGACCGCCAGUUAUACCGACACGCCCCCCUGUUCCACCUAUUGGCGAGGGACCGCACAUUGUUCCUGAACAUAUUGGAGGCAGUGGUUCUUUGGGACCUGGUGCCUCAGGAAUCGGAGGAGGGGUUGAUAUAAUUCACUACGAGAAAAUCGGUGGUAUAUCAGGUGGUUUUGGUACUAAUCCUGGUUUGACUGGUGGUGCCAACACUCUACCACAGACAGCUGGCGGUGGUCCUGCUGUGGUUCCUCCGCCUGCCGGAGGUGGCGUCCGAGCUGGCGCAGCCAUGGGAACACUUCUUGGUACAAUGGCAUUUUUGGCGAGCUUGAUGUGGGCCUUCUGGAGAAUGAAACCAGGUGUGGUCACGUUCCCAGGUGGCGGUGGUGGAGGCCCACCUCCAGCUACCAUUUCUCCUCCUACCGCAACCAAUCUCCCUGUGCUACAGGCAAUGUCUGGGACAGCCGAGGGAGGUGGUAGCGGCGGCGGCGCGGGAGGUGGAACUAAGAUUACCGUGGUCAAUGGAUCCGCCGGGGCUGGUGGAGGAGGCGGGGGUGGAGGCUAUUCCUCCUAUUACACUUCCUCAACGACUACAGCGACAGCUGGCGGCGGUGGUGUUGGUGGUGGCGCAGGAGGAGAUGUAUUUGAUUCUGCUACUCUUAGAGCUACGGGUACGUUCUCGAACAAAGGAACCAUUAUUGGUACCCCCAAGGCUACACGAGCAUACUUAGGAUCUGCGUCGUCGGCAGGAAGCGGUGGUGCUGGUGGUAUGGGAGGUGGUACCUCAUCUUACCUCUAUCAGAAAGAAACUUCCACCUACAAGUCAGGUGGUGGUGGUGGUGGUAGCGGCGGCGGAACCGGGUACAAUAUGGCGUACGGCGAGUCCACCACGGCAGAUUACGACAUGGCCACCCCCGCUAACUACACCAGCAACACUCUGUCCUCUUCCCUGGGAAGUGGACUAGGCGGCGCUUCGUUAGGAGCUAAUACUAUGAGUAAGAGCGGAUACAAUACGAUGACAUCUUCCUACAGCUAUCAGACAGCUUCACUUCAUCAGAAACGGUACCUUGUUCAGAACGUCCGUACUAUGAUGGCCAAUCAAGCCGGAAAUCAGAUGGUUCAGUACAGUGCGACCUCUAGCGGCGCGGUGACGCCGGGAGCUGCCGGUGACGAAGUACGCGUGGACUGCUGUCUAAUGGCGACGGACGGCAGAAGCGUCGUCACCGGAUCUAGUUUAGGACCACCACAAGUCUGGGACAUGCAGAACGGUGAGUUAUUGAGAAUCAUGAAGGGAGACACCGUGGGAUCAACAAACCUCCAUCUUGCCUGUAAUGAUCGUCUGCUGGUCGGUGCUGUACACGCUGAUUUAGAGGUCAACGAAUAUUCAACCAGAAAAGGUGUCACGAAUAAAAAAUUACAGAUUUGGGAUUACACAACGGGUAAACCAUUAGAGAUGGGAACAGAAGAGACGUGUUCUGCGUUAUGUGUAAUGUCAGACCCAGACAAAGUUGUGUUCGCUAGGUCUGAAAAGUUUGGUAACGCUACACAUGUAGUAGUGUGGGACUUGUUAGGAAACCAAGCAUUGAAAGAAGUGAAAUAUGAUGCACCUGUAGGAAAUAAUGACUAUGUGAAUUUCUUAAAACUUUCCCACAAUGAUAGAUACUGUGUUUUAGGAUUUACCAAUUCAUUUGACAAUCACGCAGAAUUUGUAGUAUUUGACAUGAAUCAAACCCAACAUGAAGUCACAGAUCCUUGCCUGUUGAGGUUGGAUGCAAACACUGACUGUACAGUGAUUCUACCUAGAGAUGAGGCUGUAACAGGUCUACGCAAUGGUGACCUUGUGGUAUGGAGUCUGCGCACUGGCCAACCUAGCCGUCAGUUGCUUUCCGGUACCGGUGUGCAUGCGCACAACAAGGAAGUGAAGGCAGUCGUUCUUUCAGACGAUAAUCGAUACUUGGUAUCGGCGUCAGCAGAUGGUACUCUGAAAGUGUGGGACAUGCAAACUGAGAGACAGAUCAGUACAUUAAGAGGUCACAAAGACGAGGUUUGGUGCGUGGCUAUUUCUCCUGACAACGAAAUCGUCGUAUCUGGUGGUAAAGACGCAUCGAUCCGCCUAUGGAGAAUGAAGAACGGAAGUGAAAUCUGCGCAUUCUCCACCGCUGUUGACGUCUUCUACGUUACUAUGAGCCACGACAAGGGAACCAUCGUUGCCCUGGGAGACAAAUUUGGUGCCAGAAAACUAAUUAUGCUUCAAGUCGUACGCACAAAAAUCCGAAGGACGGUCACAACAUAGAUAUGAAAUAUCAAACUACACUUAGAACUGUUUACUUGACCGAUUCAAAUUUAAUAUAUUGUUUGCAUUAUUAUUUUUUUUUUGUUAUGAGAGUUUUUCAAAAUUUACAUUUUUAAAUUUUUUUCAAAUCUGUUUGCCAGACACCUGCUUGCCAAAUACCUUUUACAUAGAUGUAUUUAAGCUACCAAUACGAAAACCAAAACUAUUUUUGCUUGUAGAUAGAUUCUAUGCCAUUAAGUGUCCAGAAGUUUUGAAAAAAUCACAAUAUAUGCAUAAUUGCUAAUUCUAUCGUAUUUCAAACCAAUAUUAUUUGAGUAUUAUGGUGUUAAAAAAGUAGAAAUCCAUAAGUAUUGUGUUUUACUUGAGAUUACGUGUUGUCCAUGACACCACCAAAUUUCCAAAGAAUAGGGUGGAUGGUAAAAUUAAGAAUACUCACAUUUGAAUGUAUGAGUUAAUUGAAUGUUGUUUUUAUUGAUUGCUUAUUUAUUAUGUGCUAUAAUAUAUAUUUAAAAAAUUCAAAAGUU